CAAUCCGAAGAUGUCGUUGGCACUCAAGACUGUGUGCCUUUCCUUGGCACUGGCCUUUGUAUGCUGUACGCACGAAUGUCAUGCUUCGUUCGUCAGCGACUGCGACGAUGACAAUCAGAGUCUCGUGCCAAUUUACAUUAAAUCGCCCUCGAAACCGAUACCAUCAUCUUACGACUGUGAGGACGACGAAUCUGCAAUAACCAAAACAGUCGUUUUCCCUAUUCCUGUGCCGUCAUAUAACUCGCCAGCACCAUCGCCUCAGCUGCCACCAACACUUAUACCAGCUCCAACAUUCCCACGACCAGCAUAUGUGCCAACAUCAUUUCCAUCUUAUGUCCCAUCACCACCCGCAAGUUAUUCCCUCCCACAGCCACCAGUAGUAUACGCACAAUUACCACCGCCACCACCACCACCACCACGGUCACCAUUAAUUUGCUCACAAUCACCACCAACACCACUACCACAGCCACCAGUAAUAUACACACAGCCACCACCACCACCAUCACCACAGCCAUCAGUAAUAUUCACACAAUCACCACCGUCACCACAACUACCACAGCCCUCAGUAAUAUUCACACAACCACCACCGCCACCACCACCACCACAGCCAUCAGUAAUAUUCACACAACCAUCACCAUCACCAUCACAGCCAUCAUUAAUAUGCCCACAAUCACCACCAACGCCACCACCACAGCCACCAGUAAUAUACACACAGCCACCACCAACGCCACCACCACAGCCACCAGUAAUAUACACACAGCCACCACCAACACCACCAGUAAUAUACACACAGCCACCAUCACAACCACCAGUAAUGUAUACACAGCCACCACCGCCACCAGUAAUAUACACACAGCCACCACCGCCACCAUCAGUAGUAUGCGCACAACCACCGCAGCCACAACCAAUAGAAUACACACAAUCUUCCCCAUCGUUCAUGCUAUUUUCUGGCUCAGCUUCAGGAGGAAAAAAGGCUUACUCAGCCACGAAGAGACUUGUAGUCCCUGCAACUUGCCAAAUCCACGCCGUCGCCAAAUCUGAAUGCGGAUGCUACAAGAAUUAAAGAUUUAAAAAAAAACUUCAGUCAUUACAUAUUUUAUAAUUGAGCCCAAUGCUUUCCUAUUAAAUAACGUGCAUCAUAAAAAACAAAAAAAAAUAUUAAAAGUCUACGGAAUAAUAGUAUAUUAUUAUUUUCCGAAAUUAACUUUCUUUUGAAUAAAUAAUUA